GAAAAAACUAGUUCUUUUCUAGCCUUGUCAAGGAGCUGAAAGAGAAGAGCGUACCUAAUUGUGUGAAAGAUUUCCAUGUGCUGCUGCCGUUGGCUUUGGCUGUCGCCAUGAGAGUUCAGGCAGCCACCACCGUACAUAUACACAUACCAGAGGCUAUCACAGUGGAAGCCACCGUACUGAUUGCCGCAACCCUGCCUAUAUAACAGUAGGGCCAUCUGAUCUUGGCAUCACUGAUCCAUCUCUGAACUUCUGGAGACACACACAUCUUCAGCACAUCACACUAGCCAGCAGUAAGAAAUCAUGGCGCCUCCGAGCCCUGCAGGGAUGAUGCGUCGGCCUGCGUGGAUGAGGUACACGCCUCACGCUCUGAUGGUCCUGGCGCAGCUGUUCUUCACGCUCCUCUACUUCAUCACCGAGGCUGCGUUCAACCGGGGGCUCAACCCCUACGUCUACGUCACCUACCGCCACCUCCUUGUGGCCUGCGUCCUGUGUCCGUUCGCCUACUUCUACGAGAACAAGUUGAGGCCUAAGAUGACACUCAUGCUGUUUCUGGAGAUAUUUGUACUGUCACUCCUCGGGGGGAGCUUAACGCUGAACAUGUUCUUCUCGAGCCUGAAGUACACAUCUCCGACCUUCGUCACCUCCAUGGUGAACGCCGUCGCUUCAAUCACCUUCGUCAUCGCCAUCAUCCUCGGGAUGGAGAUUGUAGACGUCAGGAGCCUGCGAGGACUCGCGAAAAUCGCAGGGGCCGUGGUGUCGUUCGCCGGGGUGACCACCAUAAGCCUGUACAAAGGAGCGGCGGUGAGGAGCCUCUGGAAGGCGCCUGUUCAGAUACAGGGCAGCGGCGUUGCGGUGGCACAUGAGAGCUGGGUGAAAGGAUCGCUCCUUGCGGUGGCCAGCUGCAUAUGCUGGUCAGUCUGCUUCAUCUUGCAGGCGUCGUCUAUAAAGAGGUACCCGGCCAAGCUCUCGCUGACGGCAUUAAUGUCGAUGGUUGGAGGUAUGCAGUCGGCGGUUUUCGCGGCGUUUAUGCAGCGCAACCUGGACGAUUGGCUCAUUGGCUUCGGCCUCAAGUUCUGGUGCAUCGUGUACACGGGGAUCGCCUGCAAUGGCUUGACAGUUGUCAUUCAGCUGUGGUGCAACAAGAAGAAGGGCCCCGUCUUUGUUACCAUGUUCAACCCCCUCUUGACGGUCAUGGUGACCACUCUGGCCUACUUCAUCUUCGGUGAAAAUCUACACGUCGGGAGCGUAAUUGGAGGGGUCCUUGUGAUCCUGGGGCUUUACAUGCUGCUAUGGGGCAAGGACAGAGAUCAAGAACACAAAGACACCAAAGAGCAGGAUUCAGAGUUGGACUGCGAGAAGCAGGCGACGGUAAUGAGCGAAGUUUCUGCCGCACGGGACGACAAAGCGCCCAAGAUGAUGAAGUGAUCGAAAGAAUUCAGAACUGAAAGCCUAAGCCACGUACAAACUUUUAGUUCAGUUUCUAAUGCACAAAUUUUUCUCUGAUAAAUUCUCACCUUCACUAUAAAACAAGGCAACGAGUAAAGAAAACAUUUGUCAAAACCAGUAUCCAGGGGCACGCGAAUUCAGUAGCAUGUGGCAUUACCAGGGAGGACUGGAGGUAGGAUGCUCGCAAUAUUUGCCGGUUGCAGCUCCGAUCCAAGAGGGAGGGACACGGUCUGAUUGACUCGCGGCAACCAGACAUGCAGGGAGCUGAAGGUGACAAGUGCGCAUCUCCGGUACUUGCUGGAAUUGAUCCGAGUAAAAAAAUGUGCUGCUACCCUUGACUACUGGGACGUGAGCAGAGAACAGCAAGAUAGUGUUGUUUCCGCUAAUAAACAUAAUUAGCGACUAAAUAGGAUUCUUAGCCUAAACAUGAUAUCAAUCACAUAAUACGAAAUUUGGUGGGUAGAUCUUAUAGCAGCGUUAACAAUAGCAGUCAUAGGAGCUCUUUAAGUUGACGACGUCCGGGCCGCAGAGAAAAUAGACAUUGUUAUCAGUGUAGAUGUAGCAGCGGGGUAGCGACGUUCUUUGAGUCGCCAACAGCACUGCGCUCGAGUACUUGGCCUUCCAAACCCCUCCAACGCCCUUAACGAUCAGACUUGAGGUGGCUAGGGUUUAGAAAACAUGUAUUUAAUAAUAGCCACGACGUUAAGUAUAUAUAAAGUAUAUAUAGGCACUGUGAGGCUGCGGGCUAACCUCUGUUUGGAAUAGAUUAAUGGGCUUGCUGAUCACAGCCUAUUAGAUUUUCCCUUAAUCUCAUUUUGGCUGGUUAAAUGCCUUAACAGUGAAGAUCACUAUCUUAACAGAAAUAUAUUUCCAACAUUCUCCCACUUCAUCGACGGGUUAAAAUAAUAUUGUUCGUAUCACACUAAUGUUCACCCUCAGUAUAACACGGACCAAAAAUAAUAUUGUUCGUAUCACACUAAUGUUCACCCUCAGUAUAACACGGACCAAUGCGUCAUCAGUAGCAUACUGGGGCCCCAUUAUCCACGGUCUCACUGAAACACCUCGUUAGAACGCUUAUUCGUUAGUCGGGAGUUAGUAACGGCCCUAAAUUAGGAUCUAAAGACUAUCCACCAAACCUAUAUCUGUAACGUGCUGCUUAAAUACAUUUGGUGAUAAGCCCUCAGUGAACGGAUCCGCUAACAUAGCAUUAGUUCUUAUAUGCUCAAUCUUUAUGGUUUGAUCUUGGUAUCUUUCUUUCACAACACGAUAUUUGAGGUCAAUGUAUUUGAAAGCACUACUUGAUUUGUUGUUACUCGAAAAGAACACUGCGGACUGAUUAUCGCAGUAUAACGUUAUUGGUUCCGUAAUACUGUCAAUUAGCUUAAGGCCCAGAAUAAAAUUCUUAAGCCACACAGCCUGUUCAGUUGCUUCAUAGCAUGCCACAAACUCUGCUUGCAUUGUCGAUACUGCAACUAAACUUUGUUAGGAGCUUUUCCAUGAUAUUGCUCCUCCAGCUAAUGUGUAGAUAUAUCUUGAUGUAGAUUUCCUACUAUCCAUAUAACCAACAAAAUUAGCAUCAGUAUAACCCACAAAUUCGAGUUUAUCUGGCCUUCUAUAUGUGAUCAUGAAGUCUUUGGUACCUUGGCAAUAACGUAAUGGCAUCUUGAUACCUACCCAGUGGAUCAUUCUAGGAUUUUUCUGAUAUCUUCCAAACAUUCUAGUAGCAAAAGCUAAGUUUGGACGCGUACGGACCCGUGCAUACAUCAAGCUUCCGACAGGUAAAGCAUAAGGUAUAUCCUUCAUUGCAUCUAAUUCCGAUUGGUUCUUAGGAUAUUGGGCUUCAGUAUUAUCGCCCUUUGCUAAUGGGACCG